AUGGCGGCGGUUCAAGUUCCUUCUAGGCACAAGGCCUUGGUGUACGACAAUCCUGGCAGUAUUUCCACCAAGAUCGAGGAGAUCGAAACCCCCAAGCCUGGUGUUGGCGAGGUACUGGACAUGGGAGUUAUGUGCAAUGCGUGGGCAUGGCUUCCGGCCCCAACACAAAAAGGUCAAGUGGGUGGCCACGAAGGAGUCGGCACUGUGGCUGCCCUGGGACCCGGCACUGAAACUUCUGGCCUGAAGACUGGCGACCGUGUGGGUAUCAAAUGGAUUGCCUCUGCUUGCGGGAACUGUGUCCCUUGUCUCGUUGGCGCAGAUGCCUCCUGUACCUCAGCAAAGAUCUCGGGAUAUUAUUUCCCAGGAACAUUCCAGCAAUAUGCCAUUGCACCAGCCCACUAUGUCACUCCUAUCCCCGACGGUCUUCCCAGCGAUAUGGCAGCACCAAUGCUGUGCGGCGGCGUCACUGUCUACGUAGCUCUGAAGAAGCUCAUAGACCAGGGGGUUCGUCCUGGCGACUGGGUAGUCAUCCCUGGCGGUGGCGGCGGGCUCGGUCAUCUGGCCCUGCAAAUCGGAGCUCGGGGAAUGGGAUUCCGCAUGAUUGGCAUUGACAUGGGCGCAAAAGAAAAACUGGUCAAGGAUUGCGGCGCAGAAGUGUUCCUGGAUUUGUCCAAAUACAGUCGGGACGACGAAGGAACCAAGAAAUUGGUGGAAGAUGUCAAGGCUGCUACACGGGGUGGUGCUGCGGGCGUGGUGGUCUGCACAGCUAGCAACGUCGCUUAUGCCCAAGGGCUGAGCUUCCUCAAGUUCAGAGGCACGUUGGUCUGUGUGGGUGUGCCCGAGGGUGCUCCGGUGCCCAUUGCCACAGCGAACCCAGCCGCGCUUUUGGUUUCGGAGUUGAAGAUUGUGGGCAGCGCAGUAGGCAACAGGAAGGAGGCAAUUGAGACCUUGGAGCUGGCGGCUAGGGGUAUUGUCAAAACGCAUUUCGAACUUCAGCCGAUGAGCAAGUUGACCGAGACGUUUGAGAGGAUGGACAAGGGUGAGCUACAGGGCAGAGUCGUUCUCGACCUGAGUGGGUGA